CCACUCAAUGCCGAGUAAAAAGCUGAAGUGAUCGGACGAGUAACUCUCUCCGUUUCGAGGUGGAGAAUUUUAUUUAUUUAUUUUAUUUUCGAAAUUUCUUAUUUAUAUUUUUUAUAUUUAUAUAUAUUGCUUAAUUUAUUUAUUUAAACAAAAAAACAAAACAAAAGAUACAAAAUAAAAAAUAAAUAUUUAAAUAUAAAAACUUAAAACAAAAAAACGGCGGCAAAUGUUAUACAAAAAAAAGUUGAAUGAAUAAAUUAUAAAAUUAAAAAAAAGAGACUUUUAGUUUUAAUAUUAUUUAUUUAUUUAUUUCGACAAAGUGCAAGAUAUUGGUACUAUUAAUUAAGUGCCAAUUAAAACAAAAUAAAUAUAAUAAUAACUACGCAAAGAAAAAUUAUUAUUAAAAAAUAAAAUAUCUCUUUUGAUAUGAAUCGCAACGAGUUACGCAAAAGUUUCAACAACGUGAAAAGUUAUCAAAAAAAUUUGAUUCAAAAAAUGUAUCCACUCUUGAGACAUUUAUAAGCAAAAAAUUAAAACAAAACGAAUCAAAAUCCAAAAGAAGAUUCCAUCAAAACAGACAAAAAUUUUGGACAAAACAAACUAUCUAGAUACAGUAGUUAAAGUGUAUUUGUGACAGAGAAGAGUGGUGGAAGAAACCACCAAAAAGUAGCAGUAGUUCGAAGAAGUUUUAAAUUGAAAUAAAAAAACUCAAAAAAAAAAAGAUAAAAACGACAGAGAAAAGAAGAAGAAAAUAAACCACAACAGAAAUGGAUUACGAUAAAAUGUACUUUCCAAAGACCGAGAUGUCGCAACUCGCACCCAUAAAACCACACAAACCGUUAUCUGUCUCAUUAUCUGAUGACACAUAUCAUGCUUAUGCUGAUAAUUUUGAUCUCUCAUUGCUGCCAAAUGAAACAGAGCUUCCAUUGAGUCCUCAAUCGGAAUAUUCUACUUCUUCUUCGUCGUCGUCUACAUCGUCUUCUUCAACUUCUGAAUUACUAUUGCCAUCAUCAACAGAAGUAUCGCCAUAUACACAAUCAUCUCAAACAUCUUCUUCUGCUACAAAUAAUGUUUCCCUUGAAUACAUUCCCACAACAAUUUACCAUGACCAAACGGUGACACAAAUCAAAAUUGAAAAACCCUGGUCAGACGAAAAUCUAUCUUCUUCCACCACUCUUAAUCACACCAAUUCGAUUCUUCUCGAACAACUUCAACACCAUUACAAAUUCUAUCCAUCACCACAACCAUCUCCAGAUCACUUCCAUCAUCACCAACAACUCAACAACAACGGUCCACCGGCGACUGUCAACGCUUCUAUUUACCCACCAUCACCUUGCCCUUCGAUUGAUGCCAAAUCACCAUAUUCUUCCAGCCAGCUGCACCACCAAAUCAAACAGGAGCUCCACAUUUUACCACCAUCACCACCAGAGUCCAGUUGCGGAGCACCAUCGCCGCACUCGUUUGCCGAUAUUAAGCAAGAACCCGAUGAAGCUUUCAUUGACAUAAACUCCUUGUUGGAGAAGUCAUUGAGUAGCAUGCGACAAGAAACCACCACCAACCACAAUAAUACCACCCCCAACGAUUCAAAGCCACACAUUGUGAGCCACCAUCAUCAAAAUCAGCAUCACCUCCAACAUCAGCUUACCCAACACCAACAGCAGUCAUCAUCUCAAGACAAUCAACUGCUUCGGGAAUACCUUGAGGAUACGACCUUCCAAAAGAAGCACAACCUGAAGCCAUUGGCUUUGGAGACUUUGAUUGGUGGCUUGGGUGUACGGGGGGAUAUUGAGCCAGUUAUUUCUCUAGCACUGGAGCAUGCCAAGCGUGAGGCGGAGGCUACGUGCAAUAAAUUGCAAAUAUCUGCUGAUCCACAAAAAUGGACUCCACCCCAAGUACACGCAUGGCUACGAUCCACCGCUGAUCAAUUCAAAUUGCCGCCAAUCAUUGAUUUGGAACUAAAGUUUCCCGAAGAUGGUACGACCUUGUCAUUACUCACCGAAGAAGAAUUCGUACGCAGAGCACCUGAGGCUGGAAGUACAAUUCAUGCACAGUUGGAAAUUUGGAAAUUAGCCUGCAGUGAUAAUUUCUCAAAUAAUUUCAACGCCAAUCCAAACAACAAUAAUGUUGUUACACCAUUGAAUACACAAGCAGUUGCACCAACAACAACAACAACAAAUACAGCUACAGCAACGCCAUCUGUCGUCACAGACAUUUGGAACUCUGAGUGUAUUCAACAAAGUAUGGAUAUGGAUGUCAGUGAUGAUGACGAAGAAGAAACUAUUCCUCCCGGUACAGUGAAUAGUUCGCCAGCAAUGGCAUCAACAGUAACUAACAGUGGCCCAUCAGCAACAACAACACCCUCUCCCGCAACCAAAACCCCAACCGGACGCACUGGUGGUUCUCAUAUACAUCUCUGGCAAUUCCUCAAGGAAUUGCUUGCUACUCCACAUGUUAAUGGUACAGCAAUCCGUUGGAUCGAUCGAAGCAAGGGAGUUUUCAAAAUCGAAGACUCUGUACGUGUGGCUAAAUUAUGGGGUCGUCGCAAGAAUCGACCAGCCAUGAACUAUGAUAAACUGUCACGUUCAAUUAGGCAAUAUUAUAAAAAAGGAAUCAUGAAGAAAACUGAACGUUCACAACGACUUGUCUAUCAGUUCUGUCAUCCAUAUUGUUUGUAAAAAUUUGAUACCAAAAAAUGUCAGAAAACACAA